CUUCAACAGCCCGACCACGAGAGAAUACACACCCUUAACACACCCCCUUAACUAAGGUGCCAGUUCCCAUAUACCAAAAGCCAGAGCUUCAAACCCACUCCAGCCCAACCAAACAGUCCCAUAACCAAGGGGAUAUCCCACCACCGCCGGCACUGCCCAAUCCCACGAAAAUGCCUCCAUCCCCCUUCCCAGUCAUAGUCCACCCCUACCCAUCCCCCCUACCACAAUCAUACGCCUACGAGCUAUCCCACCCCGCCGCCUCCCCGUCCCAGCCGCCGCCACGCAACGCCAUCGUCUUCAUCGGCGGCCUGGGCGACGGCCCGCACACGGUGCCGUACGUGCGCGCCGUGGCCCGCGCCCUGGCAGGCGACGGGGCCGGGGUCGGGGGUACCUACUCGGUCUUCGAGGCGCGCCUGUCGAGCUCGUUCGACGGGUACGGGUACGCGACGGGGGGGUUGGCGGGGGACGUGGCUGAGGUGGGUGCGCUGGUGCGGUACCUCAGGGGGACGCUGGGGAAGGGGAGGAUUGUGCUUAUGGGGCAUUCUACGGGUUGUCAGGACUGCAUGGAGUAUGCAAACUACGAAAAGUACAACAACAGUCCCGUCGACGGCUUCAUCCUCCAGGGGUCGGUAUCGGACCGCGAGGGCCUUGCUCCGCUCAUGGACCGCGCAAAGAUGAAGGAGAGCCUGGACUUCGCGUCACGGCUGAUCAACGACGGGAAGGGAGAUCACAUCAUGCCCAAGGACAGGCUGCCGGAAAUGCUAACCACGCCAAUUACUGCAUAUCGGUGGCAUUCGCUUGCCGCUGUAGGGGGUGAUGACGACUACUUCUCCUCGGACCUACCAGAUGAGAAGGUGGCCGAGUUCUGGGGCCGGAUACAGAACCCCGUGUUGAUUGUGCCCUCCGAGAAGGACGAGCACGUUCCCGAAUACGUCGACUUCGGGAAACUCGUUGCUCGGUGGAAGAGUUUCUGUCGCCCGGGAAUUGCCAGCGAGCUGUCUGGUCUGAUCCCGGGGGCAAACCACACCGUCGAUCAGGCCGAAGGACGGGAAUGGCUGGCGGACCGGGUAGUGAAGUUCUUGGCCAGUCUCGAAGGGGGGAAAUAGAAACUUCGGAAAGGGGGUGAGAUGGUGACGAAAAAUAGAAAGCGAUCAAGCAGAGGAAAGGAAAUCCAUAAGCAGGCAGAUAAACGAUACUAGCCAGUACUAAUAGGACACCGUGAGGAGAUAGGCAGUUCCCUAGCACCAAAACUCGGGGAUCGGUCAUUAUUAAUGCAAGGGCGGGAGGGAAGCUGUUAGUUGCUCGGCAAUCUAUACUAGGUCGGCGACA